AUGUCAGGGGUCCAAGUCGAUGCUAAAAUCAACGGUCUGUUUAAUGACAUGAAGAUGAGAAGCAAACACAAGUUUGCAUUCUUUAAAAUUGAAGGAAAGAAGAAAAUUGUUGCUGACGUGUGUGGUGAUCCAUGCAAAACAGAAACAAAAGAAGAAGAUGAAGAACAGUUUAAUAGAAUGAAGGAACAACUCAGCAAUGAGCCACGAUAUAUUUUGUAUGAUUUUGGAUUUAUGAAGAAGGAUGGCAGGCGAGUUAAUAAGCUGGCAUUCAUCUUUUGGUGAGUGAGACUGUCUCUGUAUUUUUAUUAAUUGGUGACCGGGCAUAAAAUUUUCCUUUAGUUUCAAGACAUUUUACAGGUGUUUUAAGCUGGAUUUUAAUGCAUGCAGCUCGAAAGAGUCAAAGUUGUAAGACGUUUUAUUUCAUUAACCUGGUGAAAAUCAAAGACUUUAUUUGAGUCGUACGGGGUUAUAAGUAAAACAGAAUCGGUGGCCUACGUGUCAGGCGUUUGAAAGAAAAUGGGAAGGGAAUUCCGGCCGCUCGAGAAGCGCGAAAGGCGCGCGAGUGGAGUAUAUGGUCUUUUUCGUUAUUCACAUCGACCAGAGAGAUGCAAAAAUAAUUAUUUGAUUUUAAUUAAUGAUACCUUAAUCCAAUUGGUUGAAGUCAACAUCAUGCUAUUGGGGACUUCUUACUGGUGAUAAAAGCGCUUGAAACUUACUUUUAUCGCGGCUUUUUUUACAGAUCCUUAAACUCGUUUCAUAAACUCGGCACGCGUCGUUGCAAAUUUCCUCCUUCAGUUUAGCUAUAAACGGCGUCGAACUCAGGCCACUUUGGUGGAAGGUGAAUGCUCUCUCCACGGCGCCUCCCUUGCUCCCUGAAUCGACGUAUUAUUAAUCAACGUGCACUCAUCAAGAGAUAAUUUAUUAAAAAAGUAGCCUAUUCCAGGCUCUCAGAUAGUAGGGAAGUGUAUUAAAGGCAGCGAAAAUAUAAGCACGCGAUCUGGGAAAAGAAGGCGGUGCCGCCCUUCCACUCUCCAGUCUCCUCAGUAUAUUUCUCCUCCUCAGUAUAUUUUCGUGUUAGCGCUUUCUCCAUUUCCCUGACCCGACUAUCUCGGAGCCUUGAACGGGCUAAUAAAAACGGUCUUUAGGUUUUAGUUUGUAUGAUAAAGUACACCCUUAUUGCCUGGUUCUCAUUUCUACUUAGAGACUGUUCACAUGAGGUGAGCCAGCUUGGUUAGCAAGACUGGCCUUCUUUACCAGGCUGGUUCGGCUCGUUCCUUGUUUCCUUACAAAAUCGGUGUUGUGUUUACAUGAGAAGACCGGCUGGCGCACUUGCUGAGAUCUUCCUUGGAGGAACCAAGAUCUCGGCAAGCGCAGCCGAGCCAACCGGUUAACUCGGCUGGCUCACCUUAUCUCCCUCUUUUGUUUCAGGUGUGACGAAAAUGCAAAGAUUGGAGACAAAAUGAUAUACGCAUCUUCAAAAGACACCAUCAAAAAGUCCUUCACUGGUUUAUCACUGGAAUUCCAAGCAAACGAUGAGGGUGAUUUGGAUUACACAACUUUAAGUGAGGAAGUGGAAACUAGAAACGCUUAGAUAGCAUACAUCAGAACACGACACUCAAGCUUUUUUACAACUUUUCCUUUUUGUUUUUGUAUAAUCUGCCGUUUAAGUUUUAGAUGACAAGAAAUAUCAAUAACUGCAUGCAAUCUGACUUCAUUUUAUACCUGUUAUCUCUGACCGCCUAUUGAAUUUAACAAUGGUGGGAGGCCAUUUUGUAGAUAGAAUUAUUUAAAACCUUUAAAUACCUGGAAGGAAGCGAAUGUUUUGACACC